UGCUGAGACAGAACAGUAAGUAAUGAUCUUGUUAUGUGUUUAGAACAUGGCACCAUGCAGCACAGACAUUACACAGAGGUAUGUGUGUUCAAAUUUUCACACACAGAUUAAACAGUAAGCCUGGCAUCCCUCAUAAGUGGGAGUCUCUCUGUGCUUAGAAUAAAUACUUGGGACAUCCAAUACACUCUCUCUCUUACACUGCUGGCCUGAUGGGAACAACACACACCAUGAGCUCAAGUACAGGUUUGGUGAAAAUCAGAAGGUUCACACAGAAAUUUACAUUUAAUCCUAAAGAGGGAAUAGAUAACCCAGUGAUGGUUGUCACAGAUGAUGCAGACUCUGUGUCGACAUCAAGGCCACGUGUGUGUGUUCUUAAACUAGAGGAAGGGGAGUCCUAUGGCUUUUCUCUGCAAAUAGAGAGGGGGUGUCAGGGUCACAUAAUUAGAAAUGUGGUGUCAGGUGGGGUGGCAGAGCGCAGUGGCCUUCAAGAUGGAGACAGGCUUCUGGAAGUCAACAACUGCUAUGUUGCUGAUGUUCCUCACACUCAGGUGGCCAGAAACAUAAGGCUAAGUGGGCACCAGUUAUGUUUAUUAGUGUUGGAUGGAGAGGAGUAUGAGAAGGCUGUGUCCCAAGGUCAAGACCUUCGAGAUCUGGCCAGAACACACAUGGGCAAGGGCUGCAAGCCACCAAGACUCUGUCAUAUCACCAGUGAUUCUGGUUCAGGUCUGGGAAUAAACUUCACACCUUUGGAAGGAGGGAAAGGUCAUUUCUCUGUGAGCCUGGUGACAGGAGGUGCAGCUGAAAAGGCAGGGGUGUGUAGGGGAGAUUGUCUGGUAUGGAUGGAUGGAGCAGCAGUGUCUGAGCUCACACACUCUGCACUGUGCAGGAUGAUGAAAAAAUGUGGCAAUCACAUCACCAUCCUAGUGAUUGACAGCGAGAGUGAGAAGAUGUACCUGCGACAGGGGAUGCCUAUCCUACCCACAAUGGCUGUUCCACAUAACCUGCCUUAUAGGGCCAGAAAGUUCCAUCUCAUAAAGGGGUCUGAGGGCUACGGCUUCAUCCUUCGGUUGGAGAAGGCUCCAUCAGGACACAUGUUUCAUGUCCUGCGUGAGAUGGGCAAAGGCAGUCCAGCAGAAAGGGCAGGUAUACGGGAUGGAGAACUGCUGCUGGAGGUCAAUGGAGAGUCAGUGGAGUCUAUGAGGCAUGAAGAGAUUGUGUACAGAAUAAGACAGAGUAAACAACUGGUCUCCGUCACCACCAUCGCCCCCAAGGGGCUAGAGUUUUAUACACAGCUGGGUCUAUCACCUCUUCUCUUCUGUGAGGAUGAUGCACCUGAGAAAGAAAAGGGGAGCAGUGUACCAGCCUCUGUAGCAGAGCAGUCGCCACAAAAGGAAAUAGAUGACAUGUGCAAGCCCAGACUCUGCUCUCUGCAGAAAGGCCCUUUGGGGUUUGGCUUUAACCUGGGCUGUGUCCCACAGAGUCCUGGGACCUUCAUCAGCCAGAUUGCUUUUGGAGGCCCUGGGCAGAGAGGAGGACUACUUGUGGGUGAUGUUGUAAUAGGAGUCAAUGGACAAAAUGUGGAGGAGAAAUAUCUGGAAGAUGUGAUUAUACUUGUAAAGGAAGGAGGAUGUUAUCUUUCAUUACUAGUCAUGGAUAAGACUAGUUAUAACAAGAUGAAGCCAACUGACACACCAACCAGAAAUAUCACUGACAAUGAACAGAAGGAAGAAAACUACGAAAUAACAUCUUUGUGAGCAACAAAGAUACACACAGUAUUUCUAAAGACAUUUACCAUGCCACCUCUACUGAGAAGACGUCAAAAUGAGGAGCACAAGAAAAACUUGUCUAAUUUUAUUAUUAUACUGGUCAAGAGUUCUGUACAUUGAUUUAAACCCAGAGUUUCACAAAGGAAUGCAAUGGAUGAAACUUAUAACGCAUGUUAAUUAAAACUCAGUUUGUAUAAGCCCCCCAAAACGUAAUGUAAGUGUAAAAUAAAAUUUAUAUUUGCAUAUGAUACAGAAAUGUCUUUUGGGUUAGUACUAUCUAGAGAUCUUGGACAUUCUUGGCCAACAAUUGCCGCAUAUCUCAAUUUGAAAAAUAAAAUUCCCUUACUGUACUGAGAACCAGUGACUAUGUGUAAGCAAAAAUCAAAAAUUCUUACCAAAAAGAAUCAGCAGCAAUGUAAAGUAAAACACUGCCAUGACCCUUUAAUAUUAUGUUUAAAAAGUUUAAAUUGCAUUUUAUGUAUUGCUACAACAUUAUCUGUAAGUUUGUUGUAUUACAUGAAAAACUGAAAAAAAAUUGUUCUUGCAGAGAAUGUGUUUA